AUGCACUCUCCAUCAAAGAGAUCCUCCAAGCGCAGCAUGGCCCCGGCAUCCACUGGGCCCUCAAGGCCCACUGCGGCUCCCACGGCUCCCGCAGCUCCUUCAGCCCCCACAGCUCUGGCAUCCACUGGACCCUCAAAGUCCACGGCAGUCCCUGUGGCUCCCAUGUCUCCAGCCUCCUUAAAGAUCACCAAAGCGGCAGUGCCGAACAGCUCCUCAGUGCACCCCAAGUCCCCAAACCUGCUCAUGAGCCCCAGCAGCUCCAAGUCUGCCAGAGCAAUGGGUGCCAAGACAGCCCCUUCAACCCGGCCCAGCAGCAGGUCCCAGGGCCACAGCAAGACAAGGACAUCCAGUCAGGUGAGCACCAAGACCAAGGCCAGGAAGGCCAGCAGGGGCCGGAAGGGAGGCAAGACUGCAGUUAUGGGACAGUAUCAGCAGAGACACACACACAGCCGAGGGCGAACUCCAGGCAAAAGGGGAAGCCAAAGUUCCAAGACAUCCCCACACAGGGCCAACACUCCUAACAGGAAGAGAACCCAUUCUGCCAAACCAGGUGUGGCCAAGAAGGCGAGGACCCCUACUUCCCACCGCAAACAAAGCCGAGGCAAGAGUUAUAGCCGACCUAGACCCAAUACCCAUGAAAGGAGCGACAACUGGCUUAGAAUCAGGCACAGGACCAAGAGCCCCAAGCUGCACGGAGCCUUAGACACUGAGCGUGCUGGCUCCAGGCUACCUGCAAUCUUCAGUAGGGCCAAGAGCUACAGCCCAAAUAGGACAGCCUUCAAGAGUUUCAGCAAGUCUCCAGUGGCAUCCAGGAGAGCCAGGAGUUACAGCCAGGUAACUUCCCCCGGCAGGGAGCAGAUUCACACCCUGACUGAUCUGACUCACAUGUCAGGCGUGAUCAGGAGCUACAUGCAGGCCAGAAGCCUCAGCAGGACCCAAAGCCUCAGCCGCUCUAGGACCCCUAGCAGGACCCGGAGUCACAGCCGCUCUAGAACCCCCAGAAGGUCAAGAAGUCAUAGUCGCAAGAGGACCCAGAGCCAGGAGAGAAGUUACAGCUGGAAGAGAAACCGCAGUAGAGCAAGAAGUCGUACCCGGAGAGGCACGCCCACCCAGAUGAGACAAAGCCAGUCUAGCAACCACAGCCUGGAGAGAAGUCACAGCCCCAGGAAACCUCCAAGAAGGGAAAGAAGCCAAGUAUGGUCUGGGACCUCUAGCGAGGAAAACAGCUACAGCCGGUCCAGAAGUACCAAGAAGAAAGAUCCCAGCCGCUCAAAAACCACCAAGAAGAAGGGUCACAGGCGGUCUAAAAUGUCCAUUCCUGAGAGUGAGAACAGCCAGUCUAGAAGCCCCAGCACAGACACAGCCCACAGGCGGUCUCGAACUCCCAUCAAGAAGAGACCACGGAGCAGAUCCAGAAUCUCCAGCAAGGAGAACCACCAUGGCCACUCUAGAACCCACAGCAGAGAUAGAGCCCUCAGCCAAUCUAGAACCUCCAGCAAGGACAGAGAACCCACUCAAGGUGCAACCCCUAAGAGUCUCCAUAGGGAGCCAUCUCCCACCAAGACUUCUAGUCAGAAAACAGCUGGUAGCAAGGCAAGCAGCCACUCCUCUACACAGCUUCCCAAGGAGAACCAAGCCCAGGAUGACAGCUUUGUCAACACUGCUACUUCUAAGGCCUCACCUGGGGAAAGGUCUUCAUCAUCUUCCUCCAAGCUGGCGUAG